AAAAUAUGAAACUCUCAGGGAUAAAGCACAUUCAUCCACUACGGUUCGAGCUGCGCACUUCAAAUGGAAAACUUUGAAGAAUAACCUCUUGAACAAGUCGAAAGUGAGAGGUAAACCAUGGACAAGAAAGUUAUUAAUCAAGCAGUUAAAAGCACCAUGCCAGGGGCCAAGAUAAAGAAAUCAUCAGUUCCAGGAGUCACAUUGGUGGAGUUUACGGAAAAUAUCCCUGAAGGAUGUAGUGCGCCUGAUAUUGAACGACGUCCAAUUUCACUGACUAUGCAAGAAGGUAAAAUUGCUAAUUUUAAAGCACUCGUACGUGGAAAUCCAAAGCCUACUGUAGUCUGGAGCUUCAAGGAGGACAUUGUCACAGAUGAGAACAAUUACAAGAUCUAUCAGGACAAGGCUACGAAUGAAUAUAUUUUGCAGGUGAAGAAACUGAGUUCAGAGCAUGCUGGUUCAUACAGGUGUGUCUUUUCUAAUGAAUAUGGAGAAGCCAGGUGCGUAACACAUCUGAAUAUUAUAGAAGUUGGCUUCAAGAGGAAACUGAAAAAACCUGGACAGAUACAAGAAAAAGUGCAAGACCCUGUGGACUUUCGGAAGAUGUUGAAAAAAUGUGCCCAACCCGUAAAGAAGGAAGAUGACGUUGACAAUCAAAAAAUUUGGGAAGUCCUCAUGAAUGCUGACAAGAAGGAUUACGAAAGGAUUUGUAUGCAAUAUGGUUUAACCGACUUUCGAGGCAUGUUGACCAGGCUGAAGCAGAUGAAAAUUGAAAGAGAGGAAAAGCAAGCGGAGUAUGUGAAAUCGAUUACCAAUUUGAAACACAUUGAAACAAAGGCUGAUGGUUCAGCUAACUUUGGAUUUGAUAUGGAACUCAAGAACCCAAAUCUGACUAUUUUCUUAUUCAAGGAUCACCAAAUGAUCCCGUAUUCAAUGACUGAUGAUGGAAAACAUAAUCUUAACCAUGUUGGCAAACAAUAUAACUUCUCCAUCAAAGAUCUCCAGCCUGACGAUGUUGGGAUGUACAAGAUAAAUGUUGAAGAUGCAUCUAUUUUUGCAACAGAGGUUGAUUUCAAUCAUAUCCCUGUUCAUUUCAAACAGCCGUUGCAAGAAUGUAAAUGCAAUGAAGCAGAAGAUGCUGUCUUUCAAUGCACCAUUUCAGUACCCAUCCCCGUAGAAUGGGCAUUCAAAAAGAGGACACUGGAAAGUAGUGACAAAUAUCACAUGACGGUCUCACCAGAUGGUUUAACACAUUGUCUGACUGUAAAGGGCGUUCUGCCUGUAGAUAAAGGAGUGUAUGUGAUUACAGCAGGAGCCGGUUCCUCAAGUGCUUACCUUAUAGUGGGAAAAAACCUCGGUGGCACUUCAUCUCGUUCAGGAAGUGGAAAAGGCUCUUUGGAUAUUAAAUUGGAACAGGAUUUGGAUUCCUUGAAGAAAGAUGGCUCGAAGGGCACUGGGGAUAGAUUACUGCAUGACAAUGAUUUGACAAAGGAUGAUUCGAAGGGAAGAAAUGAUCUCUCAGAAGAUGCCAUAUCUAGAUUUGGAAGAGGAGGUUUACAGGACUCUGAAGCAGAUGGAUCGUACGGAGAUAGUAUAAAUGGCAUUGGGGAAGAUGGCAGAAUGGGAAAAGAUGGCAGUGGUGUUGGUUCUGAUGGAUUAGGCAGAAUGGGUCAAGAUGACAUUUGUAGAUUGGAUGGCAAUGGAAAAGACCACCUGGGCAGAUUGGGUGGAAUGGGAAAAGAUGGGAAAGGUGGUUUGGGUGGAAUGAAUAAGGAUGGGAAUUUAAUUGGAUUGGGAAAAGACAGAGAAGGCAGUUGGGAUGGUCUGAGAAAAGGUGGGAUGGACAGUCGGCAUGGAAUAGGGAAGGAUAUGAGGGGCAAUUUUGAUAGAAUGGGUGUAGAUGGAGCUGACAGUUGGGGUGGAAUGGAAAAAGACGGGAAGAGCAGUGUGAAUGGAAUGGGUAAAUAUGGCAAGGAUAGUUGGGGUGGAAUGGGAAUGGAUGGGAAGGGUCACUUAGGUGGAAUGGAUGGCACAGAUAUUUGGGAUGGAAUGGGCAAAGAUGGGAAAGGCAGUUUGCAUGGAAUGGGAAGAGAAGGAAUGGGAAUUGAUGGUAAAGGCAGAUUGGGUGGAAUGGGAAAAGAUGGAAUUAAUGGAUUAGAAAGAUCAGGUAAAUGUGGCAAGGAAGGAUUGGAUGGAAUAGGAAAAUAUGGCAUUGGUGGAUUAGAUGGAAUUGGAAAAGGUAUGGCUGGAUUAAAUGGAAUGGGGACACUGGGUGGAAUAGGGAUGAAUGGCAAAGGCAGUGGGGAAGGGAUGGGAAAAGAUGAGAUGGGAAAAGAUGGGAAGGGCAGUUGGGAUGGGGUGGGAAAGGACCAGAUGGAUGGAAUGGGAAAGGAUGGGAAAGACAGUUGGGAUGCAAUGGGAAAAGAUGGGAAAACCCAAAUGGAUGGAAUGGGAAAGGAUGGGAAAGACAGUUGGGAUGCAAUGGGAAAAGAUGGGAAAGCCCAAAUGGAUGGAAUGGGAAUGGAUGGAAAGGACAGAUUGGAUGGCAGUGGAAUAACUGGCAUGAAAGAUUUGGAUGGAAAAAACAUAUUGAACACAUCAGGAUGGAAUGAGAUGCAAAAUAAUUUAGAAACUGAUUCUAAUCAAGGUCAAAAUGGCUUGGCAGGGCCUGGUGACUCUGCCUUUGCUGGGGUUGGUGGUGCAGGUCAGGUUAAUCUGAAUGACAUUGAUGUGUCUAGUAUGGGUGGCACGCUGUCACGCAUGAGUGGCAGUGCUGGAGCUGCAAAAGAUGGACGUGCAUCACUGGCGGCCGAUAAGGCAGGUUUAUUGGGAGAUAAUCAAAUGUCAAUCCAAGGUGAAUCCAUGACUGGAAGAAAACAAGACCUGCUGGCUUCUGAUUUGUCCCAGGAGCAACAAAGCAGCAGUACUAGAAAGAGAAAAGGAAAACUUUCUGAAAGUGACCUUGCAGAAGACCAGAAACACAGGAGCAAAGCAGGAGCUCACUAUUUCAAAACUGGUCUGUCAGACAUGGAUGCCCAGAAGGGGGCAGCAGCUGAACUUAGUUGCGUAAUGAAGAAUGAGGAAGCACAAGGUUCCUGGUUUAAGGAUGGAGUACAGAUUACCUCUGGAAAUGGAAGGGCUAUCACAAAGGAAGGAGCGGUACACAAAUUGACCUUGGCUCAUGUACAGGAUGAAGACUCGGGGACAUACACAUUUGAGGCUGGUGGGGGAAGAACAGAAGCUUUACUCUUUGUUAAAGAUCCACCAGGAUUUGAUCAGGAUGUGCUGGACCAGCUGGGAAAGAAACCUAUUGUUGUAAAGGCCGGUCAGUCUGCAGCAGUGAAAGUGCCAUUCACAGGAAAACCACCCAUAAAGGUGUCUUGGUGCAAGGAUGGAGAUGAACUGUUCAUCGACAACAGAAUCAAAAUCGACAACAUUGGAGAUUUUACGCGAUUGUCUAUCUCCAACUGUAAUAGGAAGGACAGUGGAACGUUAACAGUUAAACUGAAGAAUGAAAGUGGCACAUCAAGUGCAAACAUUAGCCUGUGUGUCACUGAUAAACCACAAGCACCUCAGGGGCCUGUGGAGGUUCUAGAAAGUUCCGAAGGCUGCAUCUCCUUUAAAUGGAAGCCACCCAAAGACGAUGGCGGGAAACCUAUAGAAAACUACAUAAUUGAAAGACAAAUUGUGGGAAGGAAUACAUGGACUAAAGUCGGCGAAUUGGAUGGGUCACAAACAACAUAUUCUUUUACCAAAAUGGAGCCUGGAAAGAAUUAUAAAUUCAAAGUUUGGGCAGUGAAUUCUGAAGGCGCGAGUGAAGCCUUGUUAUCUGAAGCAGUUUCCGCCGGUAGAAGAGAUGUUCCGGGACCUGUUCCAAUACCAAAAAUCCUCAAUGCAAACAGCAAGUCAGUCACGUUGACAUGGACACCCCCAAAAAAGUCCGGAGGUUCCAGAGUAAUUGGCUACAUGGUUGAAAAGCGCAAGAAGAGCAGUAACACCUGGAGUGUGGUCACCGACGCUCCAGUUACAGAAAAGAAGUGGACGGUCACUGAUGUUGUUGAAGGACUGGAAUAUGAAUUUCGAGUGACUGCGGUGAAUUCUUCUGGAUUAGGGGAGCCCAGCUGUGAAACCGAUUCAGUAUUUGCUCGAGAGCCCAUGAAGCUGCCUGGUGCUGUGAGAGACCUCGAGGUGACAGAUUCCACCCACUCAACCAUUACUCUAGCCUGGACUCCACCAAUAUACCAGGGCAAUGAAGCGGCAAAAGGUUACAUAGUUGAAAUGAAAUCUUCUGGAAGUACAACCUGGACCAGGUGCAACACUGUUCCUGUUGGAUUAACUUCAUAUACCAUGAAAAAUCUAAAGGCAAUGGGGAUGUAUUUUUUACGUGUGAGAGCAGUCAACGAUGGAGGAUUGGGGGAGCCUUUAGAAUUAGACAAUUAUGUCCUUGCUAUGCCGCCACCAGUGACCCCCAAGUUUAGAAUGGAUGAAACUUUUAAAAGUUUUAUGAUCAUCAAAGAAGGAAACUCACUUCAAGUCCAGAUGCCUUUUCAAGCAUCACCUUUUCCUGAAAUAAUUUGGGUCAAAGAUGGAUUACCAUUGUCAAAACAUGCAACAGUGACUAAUACCAAUGCUGGCACGCAGCUUUUUAUUUCAGCAUGCCAAAGAUCUGACUCUGGAAUUUAUUCCAUAAUACUUAAGAAUGCUUUUGGACAAGAUUCAUUUAGCUUUGAGAUAAGAGCUACAGCGAUCCCCAAACCUCCUGGUCCAUUGACACUGAAUGAUAAUGUCCCCAACACUGUGACAGUUUCUUGGGAAUCAUCCACAGAUGAGCUUCUUGAUGAUCAUCUGCAUUAUGUCGUCAUGAAAAGAGAUUCAGGCAGACCAACGUGGCACACCGUGGGGGAUAACAUCUUCAACAAUAAGUUUACAGUCUUAAAUAUUAUUCCAGGCCGUAAAUACUACUUCAAGGUCCUGGCAAAAAAUGACAUGGGUUGCAGUGAACCUUCAGACACACAGGAGCCAUGGUGUGUUGCAAAGCAGAAAGAUCAUAUUGCUUUAAAAGUCCCAAACAAGAAGGGCGUAAACAACAUGAGUGCCCCUCAAUUUACUGUGAAGUUGAAGACGCACAUUGCAACCCCUGGAUCUGAUGUUUGUAUGAGCUGCUCUGUUAAAGGGCACCCACCACCCAAUGUGACCUGGUUCAAAAAUAAUACUUAUAUCGGGAACUAUGCAAACUUCUGGUCGACAAAUGUCUGUGGGGUGUGUUCCCUUUGCAUCUUUAAUGCAAGCCCAAGAGAAAAUGGAGAAUACAUGGUUAUGGCAGAGAAUUCUGCUGGGAAAGCUACCUGUUCCACCAGGUUAACCAUCAGAGAAUGAAGCAACUUUACAAAGAGUUUUUGCAUUUAUGGAUAAGCAACCUGGAUGGAAAAAAAACAUUAGCUCGUGUCAUUACCACUGAAUCACUUCAGAUGCAUUGUGAGUUUGAAUGUUGAUUCAUCUUCAAAAAAACACAAAGAAUAGGCAGAGCAAAAGUAAAUUACCCUGGGAGAAUUGUUAAGUCUGCAUUUAACCUGAUUGCCAAACUUUGUUCUGCGUUUUGUUGUGGCAUCAUUUGAUUUAUAGAUUAUUUGUUGUUUUAUAGAGAGUUGCUCAGAGUUGUUCUAUAUUCCAAUAAAUGAUACAUGUAUUUCAUUUUCAGUAGUGUCAAGUUGGCAAAAGUAAAUGUCAUUACUGCUCACUAAUGCUUCCUUUAUGCUGUGCACUGCCAUUUCCAUGAUUUAUCGUGUUUUUUCAAACUAGAAAUAUAUGCAGACCUACACUGGAGAAUACUUAAUGACAUUUUGCCACAUUGAAUGCUCAAGUUCACUGUAUUUAUAAAGCCGGAAAUUUAGCCUUCAGCCAUAAACUAGCCAUUUCAUCUCACUAGAUCAUCAGUUAAAAAGAAGGCAGUUCCUUUUUCUUGGGCCGUGUUGACUACUGAUAUUGUCUUUAUUUGCAUGAAGAGGGCAAAUAUAAAUACAAAAGGCAAAGUAGUGAAAAUGUACUCAGACUAUAGGGAAAUAUAUGUUUAUGUUGAGUUGUGGUGUGCAAAUUGCUCUAACAAGUCUACGAAGAGCAAUUAUGAUGAGGAAAUAUUCCUUUCAAUUUAAAUUCUGCUGUUACACUACAAUUGUAAUGUUCUUGAUUUCUCUUUGGUGAAUCAUAUAAAUAAAACAUUUAAAACUACUU